UCAACAAAAUGAAGUUCACCACCUCCAUCAUCGCCCUCGGCCUCUCCGCCCAGGUUCUUGCCAACCCUACCGUUGUUGACCGCCGGGCAUCCAGGGUCCAGCGCGACGUUGCAGCCUUUGAGUCUGUCAUCUCUGAUGUCGACACUGCUGUUAAGAAGUUCGACUCCGAUGUCAAGUCUUACUCCAGCGGUGACCCAUCCAGCCUUCUCGGUGACUCUCAGAGCAUCAUCACAAUCACCAACAGUGGUGUCUCCUCCCUCCAGAGUCAAAGCACCUUGAGCAAUACCGAUGCUGUCGCCCUCACCACCCCUGUCCAGGGCCUCAGCUCCGAUGUCCAGGCCGCGAUCAAGGACCUCAUCUCCAAGAAAGAUGCUCUCGUCUCCGCUGGUGCUGGUGGUAAAAUCGAGUCUGGCCUUCAGGAUCAAUAUACUGCUGCCAAGAGCCUCGCCGAUUUGAUCUCCAGCAAGGUUCCUCCUGCUCUCGCCGGUGUUGCUAGCGACCUCUCUUCCGGUAUCACCGAUGCCAUCCAGAGCGGUAUCGACGCCUUCAAGGGCACUGGCAGCACCGCCACUGCCUCCGCCUCCGGCUCUUCCACCAGCUCUGCUGCCGGUACCACCUCCACUGGAGCUGCUACCACCACUGCCGCCGGUACCACCGCUGCUACUACCGCUGCUACCACUGCUGCUACCACUGCCACCGUCGGUUCCAGCCCUGCCGUCUCUACCGCUACCACUGCCCCCGGUAGUGGAGCUGCUACUUCCUCUGGUGUUCUUCCCGGCCACAGCUCUACCUCCACUGGCGUCACUCCUAAAUACACCGGUGCUGCCAGCGCUAACAAGGCCAGCGGAGCUGUCGGUCUCGCUGCCGCUCUGCUUGCUGUCUUUGCCUUGUAAAUUAACUAUUCAAUGAGCAGCAUGUAUACAUGAGAGAGAUGUGUUUCUUGCUUUUGACUGUUUUGGGAAUCUGCGAGGGGGUUAUAAUAUGGGACUUUUUAACCUAGAACUAAUGUACAACAAUUGAACAUAUUGAUAGUCAAAGCAUGUUAGGAUAUAAUUCGAACUGUUGUUUCUUUUUCC